AAAAAACUGGUUCAAGCCCCUCUUUAAGGUGACACAUUCAGAUUUAAUCCAAUUUACCUAUAUUUAACAGUUAAAUGUUACUAUAUUUAUACUUAAUUGGUGUAAAGUAAAAUGAUUUCAUAGCAAACAGUCUCAGAUUCAUUAACUCAAAAUUAUUUAAAAUGUUCUUGUGCCCGCCCCCGUGCGCAUGCGCAUGUAUAAGUGCUCUCGCGUGAACCAUUUCCUCUUCCGUUUUUUUCCGCCUCUACCUGAAGCAGUGUUUUGGACCGCCACAUUUGAAAAUAUACAUCAGUUUCUGGUGAAUGCAGAGUUCAUGCGGAUCACUACCAAGCCACUCCAAGCAAAAUUUCUGUCUCAGCUGGAUAACUUUUCAGACAAGCUGACACAGAUUUUCACGUCCAAAGGAGGAUUGAAAGGGCAAAGGAUAAAGAAUACAAUGGCAAUCAAUGAUUUGUGCGACGACAUUGACAUAAGGAGGGAGAGAAUUCUCAAAAGCUUGAUGAUCUACUUAAACGAAGAUCCAGACUCUUUCUUCAAGGAAUAUUUGAUCUCUUCCACUGAGGAUGACAUUUCAAGGAGCAUUGCAGCCACAGUCAUGGGUAUUUACACUAUCAGAAGAGACGGGAUUCAGGAGCCAGAGGAUGUUGGUGUUGUUAUCGAAGGUGUUAAGGUCCUGACCAACCUCAGUAGUGUCAUCAAGGCAUUCAUCUUACUGUUUGGAUUGAUUUAUGCCCUUGAUCUGAGUUUUCCAGAUGACCUCAAGUACACCUUUGAGUUUUGUCAGAAGCUCAUAAUGAACUUGGAUGGACACAAACUGAAUGUAAAAAUACAGCAGCUGAAGAUCAAGCUGUUUGCUUAGGCCUUUGUGCUUGAGGAAAUGGAUAUCGGACUGAAAAACAUUUUAAUCCCCCUACCCAAAUCCCACACAAAAAGAACUCUUUGGGGUUAAUGGUGUUCAUGUUCCAAUUUAAACUUGCUGCCUGAGUGAUCUCACUAUUUGAAGACAGUUCAUGGAUGCCUUCUCUUCUCAUUUUAAAAGCACUUAACUAAAUCUUUGUGCAGGAUGAACAGACUUUAAGAGUGGAAUGGAUUCAAUAGAUUUGGACAAAUUUAAACUAUGCAUCCUCACUAGUCACUGUGACACUUAACUGUAGCCAUCAUUUGCUUUUAGUCCCAACUAAAGCUACUUUGCCCCUGCCACCUGGUGAUGCAAGGACUGUAAUGGACCCAAAAAUGAUGCAACACACAAAAAAGUGCAAACAUUUUUUUCACAUUGAAUUUGUAAUGAUUGAGUUCUAUUGAUUUGUAAUUUGUCUGGUCUAAGAGACUUUGUUUUUCCAUUUUCAUUUUAUCUCUUUAAAAGCUCACGUCUUUGAUGCCAACCAUUUGUGUCAGCGGUUUCAAUGGUACAUCUGAGUCUAUCUCCUUGUGAUUGCAAAACUGUUCCUUGUUCUGUAUUUCAGUACCACCACUUGGAAAUCUGAAUUGGUUCGAAUCAAAAUUAGUUUUAAAAGUUGGCCAUAAUUUUCUUUGUGGCUUUUUUGGCAAGACUUAUUUUUACAGAAAAAGCCUCCAGAACACUCAAAUAUGUUUUUGUAUGGUACAAAUGUUCCAUUUUAAAGGAGUAAUCGUUUUAGUACAUACUGUCUUCUGGGGAGUGCCUUGAAAUUUGCUUUGGACAGAUGGCAAAAAUUAGAAGUAUAAAGAACAUGUAUAGCAACCUAAAUUGUUAAAGGUUUUAAUAGAGCAGUUUUUUCUUAGGAAAUAGUACAACAUUUUAAUAAUGUCUAUAAUUGUAUUGACCACUAAAGCCAAGGUCUGGUUAUAAGAUUUUCUGAUUUGUUAUUGUUGAAACUGCACACCAGCUCUGAGAAUUUUGGAAUUUUUCUGCCCUUGUCUGCAAGGAAAGGUUUGCUGAGUCCUAGGCUUUUUUCUCUCGCUCCAUUUUUGUAUACGUUUCUGGAUAUUGAACUCAUUGAAGGCAGCUCAGUUAUAUUUAUUUUAAUAACUCUUUCCCUACCAAACAAACCACAGUUUGGUCAUUGACUGUGAAGUCUAUUGGAGUCUUACAAAACAUCUUUGGUGUUUUUUCAGUUAAUUUUGUCCACUUUAUUUCAAAUCUUGACCCUUUCUUUGACAUGUGAAAAGAUGCUUAAAACCUUGUAUUGUGAAACUGGUUUUAGUGUUAAGCACUGUAUUUUAUCGAAAAAUGGUUUAUAUGUUACAAAUUGAAGUUAAAACUGUCAGGAUGUGCAUUUUUAUGUAUUUUGAGUUUUAUACUCCAUUUUGCUUUAAUAUUUUAUUUAUUUACAUAUUUAAUUAUGGUGUGUUUUUUUUGUUUUCUUUUUUGUUUUUGUUUUUUUCAAAUUUUGAAUAAUUCAUUAGUUUUAUAUAGUCAUUGAUGUUUUCUCACUUUAACUUUUAUAGCUUACUUCACAGUUGAAUUGUACGUAUUCAAAGCAUAAUGUUUUGAGACGUAAGAAUGCAUUUUCCAUCUUUAUUAAAGUUUUAAUAAAGUUGAGUUCACCAAACCAAAA